CGUUAUGGUCUGGUCUCUCUGUUUUGUCAUCUAAAGCCCUCAAUCCAAUCUAUUUGAGUGUGACCCAAUCUCUUUCGUCUAGGUUUGGGUCAAAAAUUUGCUGCUACGGUGUCUGCCUUUUGUCUUCUGCCGAUAAAACCAGCUCUCUCUCUCUAUUAUUGCUUUCAGAAUCUCUCUCCUCCAUUGUUGCUAAAGCUUUGUGAACGCAGAUUCUUUCAGGGAGUGAAUAGGAAAGAUGCCUCUUGGUGUCUCUGAUAGGGAAAAAAUGUUAAGCCAAAACCAGUGCCAUCAGAAUUCACUCACUGGUUGACUUUCUAUCACAAGAGACAACUCGGAAUCAUAUUGCGAGUGUUCAUAUGGCUUGGUUUGGAUGAGUCAUUUUGGAAUUCACAUUUCAUUACAUUGUAUCAUGAAUUCAUGUUGGUGCUGCUUUGGUCCGAAUUCUACCUAUCGAAGUCAAUUGAGACAUAGCUGUUGGUGAAAAUGCCUGAGAUUCAGUUAGGUGCUUACACUCUAAGAUCCCAUGGAGCUCAAGUGGCAAGGAUACAUAUGCAUGAUUGGCUAAUCCUUCUGCUUCUUUUUGUGAUGGAAGUCAUUUUGAAUCUUAUAGAACCAUUUCAUCGUUUUGUGGGAGAGGAUAUGUUGACUGAUCUAAAGUACCCACUGAAAGGCAAUACUGUUCCCUUUUGGGCUGUUCCGGUCAUUUGUAUAUUGUUGCCUUUGGUAGUCAUUCUUAUCUACUACAUCAUUAGAAGGGAUGUUUAUGAUUUCCAUCAUGCCAUAUUGGGCCUUCUGUUUUCUGUACUUAUAACUGGAGUUAUAACUGAUGCAAUCAAAGAUGCUGUUGGCCGUCCUCGUCCAGACUUCUUCUGGCGUUGCUUCCCUGAUGGCAAGGGGGUAUUUGAAAAUAUCACCAGGAAUGUUAUGUGUACCGGAGAGAAAAGUGUCAUCAAGGAAGGGCACAAAAGUUUCCCAAGCGGGCAUACAUCUUGGUCUUUUGCUGGCUUGGGUUUUCUCUCGUGGUACUUGUCAGGGAAAAUCCGUGCAUUUGAUCGUAGGGGUCAUAUCGCAAAGCUUUGUGUCAUUUUUCUGCCAUUACUUAUUGCAGCUCUAGUGGCAGUUUCUCGAGUAGAUGACUAUUGGCAUCAUUGGCAAGAUGUAUUUGCUGGAGGUCUUCUAGGAUGGACAGUUGCUUCAUUUUGUUACUUGCAAUUCUUUCCAUUCCCACAUGAUGUAGAUGGUGCGUCACCUACUCUUCACAAUUCUAGAGAAGGUUGGGGUCCACAUGCAUAUUUUCAAAUGUUGGCAGAUUCCCGAAAUGGUGCUCAGCCCUCAUCCAGCAACACCAACCAUCUCGUCACUCGCCCAACAGAAAUGGAUAAUGUAUAUUUCCAAUCUCACCAAGGCAUGGCAACAUCAGAAGUUUAUGUGAGGGACACAAGCCCAAUCCUAGAUGACAUGGAAGGUGGGAGAAGACACUGACUCCAUGCUUAUGAUUGUAGAGAAACAAGGAUUUGAUCCCCGGAUGUGCAUACUUCGUAAGGUCUGUUUUAAGUGUGCUCGUUUUUCUUAGCAGACCUGUACUUCGAACUUCUCACUCGGCCAGUUUGGAUAGUUGUACAUUUUAACGUAGAUUUAUUUGUGUAAUAGAGAAUUUUUGACUACGUAUUUGACAGUGACAUUCUGUUUCGUUUGUUGUUUAUGGCCUUCUGGAGGAAUUGACCUGGCUUUGAUGUGAAUCGUAAUGUUCACAAAAAAUGAGAUCAUUCAUCCGAAUGCUUUGUCGUAAAUGACAUAUUCGGCUGUGGGUUGAUUGGUUGC